AUGAAUUUGGUUAUUCUAUGCCUCCUUCUUGGAUUUAUCAUGACCUCGGCCAGGGGACAAAGCAUAAAUUACACGGGUAGUUUGGACUUUGUUAUGAUGAACUUUGUUCGGCAGAAAGGAAUGCUUCACAAUUGUACGAUGGAACAUAUUUCAAUUUCAAAACAAAUUGAUACGUUCGCCACAAGAUAUAUUUUACCAUUUUAUUUUGUGUUUGGAUCCAUAGGCAAUGUUCUCAACCUUUGUGUUCUUCUCACAAUGAACUCUGAAAUGAGCGUGGCAAAUAUCCUUUUUGCUGGCGUAGCUUUAGCAGAUUUGAGUCUAUUAUUCACUAUGACGACUACAGUAGUAGCUGCUUGGCCAUAUUUUUAUACAAAAAAUACAAUGCGAUGGUUCUUCUAUCAUACGCACUUCUUAACAGUCAUGUUAACAAAUGCAUUCUUAUGCAUAUCUUCCUGGUUUGUUUCAGCAAUAUCGAUCGAGAGAUAUCUGAGUAUUCGAGAUCCUAUACGGAUACAUCGACGGCGAAACUACAAAUGGAGGGUUCACCUUAUGAUAAUUGGAAUUAUUAUUGGAUCUGUAGCCUUAAACUGGUAUCAUUUGUUCGAAUAUCAAUACUCGUAUACGAGGAUUUGUGAAAAUAAAUAUCUUUUUGGUUUAAUUCAUCCAUUAGAAGCACUUCAACGUCAUUACCCCGAUGUGCCAGGCUGGCUGUUACGACCAAUCUCAAUCAGCAAAAUGGCACAUAUGAUCCUGGCAGUUUUCCUACCUAUCUCUUUGAUCGCCAUACUGAAUGUUCGUAUUAUUUACAUGUUAAAGAAGAGUCGUCGUUUGAUUGAUGCUAGUCAGGAGCAUAACUUCAGUCGAGCCGUUUACAGAAGUACAAGUACGGAAGAUGCUAGACAGAGACGAGAUCGUAAAAUUAGCAUAACGGUAGCAACAAUCGUCAGCUGUUAUAUAAUUACACAUGCUCCCUCAGUUACUCCGUUCAUUAUUGAGAUACUGAAAAUCGAUGGUCCUGCUUGGAUGAAGUUCUACGGCAACACUGUUCUAACAUACUGGCUCCUAUGUGGAAAAGUUAUGAACUUUGUUCUGUUUUGCCUGACAUCGAGAAGUUUCCGUUCUCGUUUACGCACUUUUUUCAAAGUUCGAUGUGAUCGGCUGAAAAUACGAUUCGGUCUCAAAAUAGGAAAAAAAUUCUCAAACGUUUCCAAUUCAACUGGUCGUGUGCAGUCGUUGCGUUUACUAUCCCCAAUACGAGAUGCGUCUUUUACUAAUCCUAUCACACCAAAAGACAGGAAAGGACGAAUCCGAUCUGUUUGA